GCUUGGUCGCUUCGCUUGUAUGCAUGAGACCCAGCCUGCCUACGACGCUAUGGCGCCAUCGCAAGAUGCCUUGCUGUCGACCCCCCGGCACCGCCAGCCUCUGCCGCUGAAGGAGAAGAGUCAGGAGGAAUGCCGGCGGCGCAACCGGGGGUCCUUCAUGGCGGUCAUGGACCCCUACAUCGCCGCGCGCUGCGAGAAGCCGGAAUCCGACAGCGUGAGUGUGGCUGACGUUGACUGGUUGGACUGGAGAUCGUGGCUCUCAGCUUUCGCGGCCGCCGUGCCGUUGUUCCUGCUCAGCUACUCCUCCUGCGUCUCCUACGCCCACCUCAUUACCUCCGGCGCCCAGGGCUACCCCGUGCGCGCCGUGGUACUCACCUCCAUGCACUUGGUGAGCAGCGGCAUCACGGGCAUCAUCCUGCCCCUCCAUAGCAAGUGUCCGCUGAUUAUCCCUUCUGCGGACAUCUCGGUGACGAUCUUCUAUCAGAAGAUUGUCGUGGACAUUGCCACUGCCGCGGCUGAGGAUGGCACGCUCUCCCCAGAGGCGGUGGCCGCUACGGUGAUGUUGGCGUUGCCGCUGAACACGCUGCUCGUGAGCUUGGUCUUCUACAUCGUGGGAUCGCAAAAGGCCACGGUGGCGGUGUCCUACUUGCCCUACCCGGUGGUCGCCGGCUUUCUGGGCUCCAUAGGCCUGGCGAUUCUGCUGGGUUCCUUCGCGGUGCUCGAGGAGGGCAUCUCCGGGUUUGGCGGCAUCGCGCAGGCGGCGAUGGACAGGCCUUUCCCACUGACCUGUGCCGCAGUUAUGGCCAUCGGCUCGAUGUUGCUUAAGUACGCGGGGCUGCCAGCGCGCGUCCUGGCGGUGCUCCCAACGCUCACCACCAUGGUUGUCUUCUGGCUCUAUGUGGUCUUCUGCGGUGUAAGCCUGGAGGAAUGGCGAGAGGACGGUUGGCUUUUUCCCUACGCCAGCUUCGAGCCCUUCUGGUCCCUUUGGUCCGAUCAGAAGCCCCUGCUGGUUGUCGGGAGCCUGUUGCCGCCCCGGAUCGCCACCUUUCUGGGCCUCGGCUUUGUGCUGGUCCUGUCUCUGACCUUGCGCAUUGCCGGCAUUGAGGGAUCUACGGGCUCGGCCAUGAACGUGGACGAGGAGGUGAAGUGGACGGGCCUUGCCAGCGCCUGCGCCGGUGCCUUUGGCACGGUGAUUGGCUCGCACUCCCCGGGCCUCACCACCUUCAACGUGGAGGCUGGCAGUUCCAACGUUAAGGCUGCCGUGGGGCGCCUCAGAGAGGAGAAGUCAUCAGAGCCAAUCUCAGACAGGCACACCGCUUACUUGGAG